AUGUUCAAGCCACUUUUAUUUAUUUUGGCGACAAUAUACGUUGCCCAUGGAAAGCAUGAGGAAUACGAUGGGCACUCAUUGUACCAAGUCAGGGUAGAAAAUGCUGAGCAAGUGGAUCAAUUGAUGAAUGUAGUGGAACGCUUUCUGUUGGACGUCUGGACUUACGCCCAACCAGAACAAGAUGGACUCAUUUUGGUUUCGAAAGAACUGAAACCUAUGUUCGAAGAAGAACUUAAAAGCAUUGGUGUACAGUUCGCAAUUGAUACAGAAAAUAUAAAACAAAAGUUAGAUCUUGAGGAUCAACUUCUUGCUAACGCUAGUAUCGCGGAGGCUGGAAGAAUGCAGCGAGGUCUUUCAUUCAAUGUGAUACAUCGUUAUGCUGUUGUUGACAAAUACCUCUCCGAUCUCGCACGGCAAUACUCCAACGUGCAAGUUGCAUCUGGUGGAAAAAGUGUUGAAGGUCGCGAUAUCAAAUAUUUAAGGAUAUCAAGUAACAAUUUCCAGUCAAGCAACAAGCCUGUCGUGGUUAUUCAGUCUUUACUACACGCUCGUGAAUGGGUCACUCUCCCCGUGACUCUGUACGCCAUUCACAAACUUGUCAUCGAUGUGACUGAACAAGAUCUCGUAAGAGACAUUGAUUGGGUCAUCAUACCGAUUGCUAAUCCUGACGGUUACGAGUUCACUCAUACUAGGACACGUAUGUGGAGAAAGAACCGAAGAACUGGUAUGGGACUUUGUAUUGGAGUAGAUCUAAACAGAAACUUUGACUUCGCUUGGGGAACUGCAUCCAGUAACCAAGCUUGCUCAGACACCUUCCACGGCCCCAGAGCCUUCUCAGAGCCAGAGACCCAAAUGACUAGAGACAUCAUCAAUAGAUACAGAUCUCGCAUAGGAUUAUUCAUUGAUGUCCAUUCUUUCGGAAGCUUGAUCCUGUACGGUUACGGUAACAGACAGCUGCCUCCUCAUUCCAAUACUCUCCAACAAGUGGCUGUCGAAAUGGCGAAAAGAAUUGAUGCGGUUAAAUGGCCCGCAAAUAGAAAUUACAGAGUUGGUAACAUCGCUCAAGUUCUAUAUCAAGCAUCUGGUGGAUGCAGUGACUUUGCUCAAGCUCGGAUUGGAAAUAAAUUGUCAUAUACAUAUGAAUUACCUGCCCAUAGAAACCUUAAUAAUAUGAAUGGUUUCCUAGUAGACCCGGCCUUCAUCCGUCAAGCCGGAUACGAAACUUGGGAAGGCAUCAAGUUCGCUGCUCGUUACGUUGUCAAAAAUAGAAACCUUUACUUUGAAAAUGAAUAA